AAACUAAUUUGCAAAAGUCAAAGACAUCAUCGAAUCUACACGAUGUCGUAUUAGGGUGGCUGAGCUUUCAAGAAAGCGGAAAACCCCUUUGUUCCAAGAGUCGCGGGGUUUUAACUUUUAAGACAUUGAUUCGCUUCUCCAGAGUCAGCAGACCCAGACACAGAGAGCAUAAACACAAUCCACGCUAAGAAGAAUUAUUGCUUUUUCUUUCUCCAAAUCGCUGUAAUGAUGGGUUGAAGAAAGAACAGCUCAUUUCCUCGAAUUUUAUUUUUAUUUUUAGUUUUUGUUAAUUUUUUUCCCCAGAAAGAACUGUAGAGUUAUAAAGAAGAAAUGAAGGGAACGGAUGGAAGAGAAAUGUGCAAGGAAUUUCCAGAAGGGUAUUAUAGGGUGUGUGCAUUGGGUGGAAUGCUGAGCGCUGGAACAACCCAUCUCGUCAUCACUCCUCUGGACGUUCUCAAAGUUAAUAUGCAGGUGCAUCCAAUAAAGUACUCAAGCAUCUCAACAUCAUUCACUACACUUUUACGGGAACAAGGCCCUUCUGCAUUUUGGAGAGGCUGUGGUGGGAAGUUUUUUGGUUAUGGUAUGCAAGGUGCUUGCAGGUUUGGGCUGUAUGAAUACUUCAAGGAGGUGCACUCAAAUGUUCUCGGUGAGCAGAACAAGAGUUUGGUCUUUUUUGUUAGCAGCGCAUCUGCGGAAGUGAUUGCAAAUGUGGCUUUAUGCCCUUUUGAGGCAAUCAAAGUUCGUGUACAAGCUCAACCGCACUUUGCAAAGGGUCUGGCUGAUGGUUUUCCGAAGAUUUAUCUGUCAGAGGGCAUCCAUGGCUUUUACAGAGGACUCAUUCCACUAUGGGGUCGUAAUCUGCCAUUUUCAAUGGUCAUGUUCUCCACAUUUGAGUAUUCAGUGGAUUUUCUCUAUCGGAGAGUUAUUCAGGCAAGAAAGGAAGAUUGUACGAAAGCUCAACAGCUUGGAGUGACAUGCUUGGCUGGAUAUGCUGCUGGAUCUGUUGCAAGCGUUAUUUCCAACCCUGCUGAUAAUAUUGUUUCCUCUCUUUACAACAAAAAAGCUAAUAGCCUUCAGCAGGCCUACGAGUGGACAUGUUAGUGCAGAAAAAAUUACCCCAGAAAAGACCCUCGGAAAUGCUUCUCUUAGAUAGUGUUACAUAGUUUUCUUUCAGUCACAAGACAACAACCACCGUCCAUGGUGGGUAUUCAGCAGUUUGUUGGCUGCAAUCUCCGUGUUUAAAGGGGUGUCAUUAAGUUAUUAGUGACCAGCCUUGUCCAUGAAACGCGCGUAUGAUCCAUGGCACAUAUUUUGAACAUGACUCUCUGACAGCAUCUCUGCAACAUAUAUUUUGGCACAGAAUGGAUGAAGUGGAACUAUGUUCAGUUGGUAAAACUUUUCUCCUGGUGGAAAAGAAAUGCACCUUGCAGGCGCUGUGAUUUUGUUUGUUUACCUGAUUGACUGGCUGAUUCGUCCUGUAUAUUAGCCUCUAAUUCUCUAAAAUAUAAUGGUGAUGAUGAUGCAUCUGUUCAUCAUCUGAUCUUUUUGGCAUUGUGAUAAACUUUACUGAUACGGGGGGAAAUAUUGAUAUCAUUCUCUAACGCCUUUUGUUGAGUACUUCUUGUAAUAAUCAAGUAGACGGCGAUACUACAAAAUUACAUACUGUACCUCAAAAAGUCACUUUAAAACGUUUUGUUAUGGGUUUAGUUUUAAGUUUUGAAUAAUAUACAUGUAUUUGAGGUCCGAAAUGUGUUUCUAGUGCUGUGGGAGGGACAGGAGCAAGAAACCUCUUUCGU